UGUGGCGAGAUUCUCUCUAGUGAUGUUGCUUCAGUCACCCCGUUUAUUCACAGAUUUCGUGCAAAAGUCGAUGAGAUGGGGCUAAUGGAGUCACAAAUAUAUAAUGUAGAUGAAACCGGAUUAUUUUACCGUUGUUUACCUGACAAAACAUACGUCUCUCUUUUCGAGAAAACCGCCCCCGGGUAUAAAAUCCAGAAGGAACGAAUUUCAGUGUUACUUGGUGUAAAUGCUGAUGGAUCACAUAAAUUAAUGCCAUUAGUAAUUGAAAAAGCAAAAAAACCAAGAAGUAUCCAAGGAUUCAAUAAUCCACUCCAUUACAACUUUUCCAAAAAUGCUUGGAUGACAUCUCGGAUUUUUCAUGAUGGGUUUCACAACAUAUUUAUUCAUGAGGUGAUUCGUUUCUCUCAGGAAAAUAAUUUGCCUCCGAAGGCAAUUUUGCUAAUUGACAACUGCUCUGCUCAUGCACCAAUUGAGAAACUUCAAAGCGACGAUGGAAAUAUAAUUGCAUUUUUCUUUCCACCAAAUGUAACAGCAACUUUACAACCAAUGCAUCAGGAUCCUAUUAAGUUAACCAAGCUAAACUACAGAAGUAUGCUUCUUUCUCAAUUAAUUGCUGAAGGAGGUGACCUCAAGGUUCGCUUGAAAUCCUUUUCAAUUCGAAAUGCAAUCAUGCUAUUAAAGCAAACUUGGUAUGAUGUUCCAGAAAGAGUAAUAAAAAAGUCCUGGUCAAAGUUGAACAACUGGGACUCUGAUCAGUAUGAAAGUGAUGACGAUGAUGUGCCACUAGCACAGCUACUGCAAAAAGAUCAAGACUGCAAUGGAGCUCUUCAGGCAGCUCAAGCUCUUUUAACAGAAAUAGAGCCAACUAAUAACAUAAGCAUACCAGAAAUUGAAAUAUGGAACAAUGAUGUGCUUGAUGACGACCCUGCACAUGAUCUCAAUAGCGAUGAUGAGUCUUCAGGCAGCAGCGAAUUUGAUGACCGGGAGGUCUUACCAGUUGUCUCUACUUCUACAGCCAUUGAAAGCGUCAAUAAUUUAAUAAAAUGGUGUACUUAUAGUGAAUCGUUUUCCGCAAAGCACACAAGCAAUCUGCUAGCUCUUCGCAAUGAGAUUGUUAUUGCAGAAACAAAUAAAAGGAAGAAGCAAACAGCAAUAACAAACUACUUGACUGCAAAUUAG